CCCUGCAGGGCGGGGGUGCAGUGGCCUUCAAGUGGGAUUUUUACGUGCUGAGAUCAUAUUUCUGUCCUGUAUUCCUCUUUACCUGCUGCUGCAGCGCAGGUUGAACCAGGGCAGGACUUCCUGAAAGAGAUCUAAACCAGAGGAACCGGAUUCACUCUGUGGGUUCAGAGGUCAUCCCACUGACCAACUGUGAGGCGUGUACCAGCCAGCUGUCUCCAAGCGAAGACGCCACCUCCAGCGCUGCAGGGUCAUGGAGGAGUCUGAGAUUUGUUCCCUGCCUGGGGGACUUGCCAGUGUGAGGAAACAAUUUGAAACCCAGGAAACUGCAACAUCACACAAUGUAACCCAGUUCCAUUGUCAUCACAGGACUGUGCAGGAAAUGUCCAACUCUGAGGUGACGAUGUCAAGCAGCAGCAGGCAGGUCGUCUCAGGCAGCCAGCAGCAACAUGUCAACCAAGAAGCGAUGGUUUCUUACAGUGACGGUGACUUUGCAUCCAGUUUUGAAAACCAUCUAAAUGAAACAGAAGAGGAGUUUCCCAGGUACACUACCAAAGAACUAAGGGAUCACUUUGAAAAAACAAUAGAAGAGGCUGCUUCACACAAACCAAUUAAAAUUGGACAUGAUAUCAAUCAAGCUAAGUGGUCCUCAAAUGUCACACAAAACAACACCGUGACUAGUAAGGUGUUUGAAGCAUCCGCUGAAGAGGCAGCAGAAGACACAUUGCCUGAAGUAAUGGAUUCUGAGGACUUUCCGCCCCCACCAGAUGAGGAUUUUGACUUUCUUCCACCUCCACCUCCAGACUUACUAGAAAUGCCAUCAGAGAGUGAAAAUAUGCCGGCAUGCUAUUACUCACCUGAGCCUCCAGAACCAGCACAACCCUCCAAAUACCCACUCAACAAAGAAGCUUACUGCAAGCAGAGGAGUAUGUAUGAGCUGAAACGUCUUUACAAGCACAUUCAUCCUGAGGUUCGUAAGAAUAUAGAAAAGGAAUACGACAAUGAUUGCACUGAAACUGAAAACAACCACUUAGAGAACCAGGAGUACAUGUAUGAGGAUGAUGGUGGUAGUCCCGAUGAUAUCAACGAUGAUGAAUUCAUGGAAUGGGAAGAGAUUCUCCCCGGGGAGGUGCAGGCAAUGCGAUGGAUGUUUGAAAAUAAGCCACUGGACUCCAUUAAGGAUGAAACUCCUGAUGAAGAAGACGACUACAACAAAAUAACUGAACAAGAAAUGAUUCUUGGAAAAGAUGUGAGACAUACAGCUUGGAUGUUUGAGACCAAGCCAAUGGAUGAGCUGAGUACAGAAAAUAUCAACUCAAUGGAAUAUAAAAACAAAUGUAAAAAAUCUGAUCAAGGAGAUGUCCGUGCUGCAGCGUGGUUGUUUGAAACCCAGAGAAUGGACACUCUAAAUAAAAUGCAUAAGGAAGAGGAUUUAACAAAAGAGAUUGUGUUCACAGAGGAAGAUGGAAAUGCUACUAUUUAUAUGAUUGACAACAAGCACAUGGAAAGCCUUGGUGAUACUGAGACCAUUGACGAGAGCCACCUGUUGAAACUGAGGUCAGUGUUGGAGGAAAUUCAUGGAGAAGUGAAAACUGUUACAAGUACGUUUGACACUCAGUUUAAAUGCAUCAUCAUGGGACAAUCGAGCCAAAUGCUGGAGAUUAAGUCUGUGCGUAAAAUUGAAAGUGAAUUGGAGAACUCCAUUGCUUCACGUUGGCUUUUCGAUACCCAACCCCUGGACAUGACGAACACAGAAUCAACAUCUUUGAAACUUGUUUGUAGUCUUUCCAUGGAGGACAGCAAUAAGGGAGACUGGGGUAGGUGGUUGUUUGAGAUAAAGACAUUAGAUUCUCUCAAGGAGUGGGAAAGCUCAAACAUUGAGAAGAAAGAGAUUACUGGAGCUGACGUGCGUAAGCACUGCUUCGUGUUUGAAACCCAGCUAAUGGACACUCUGAAGGAUGACUCCAAUGCAAGACCCCAGUCUAUUGAGGAAAUUAUUGGGGGAAAUGUUAGAUCCGCAAGGCACUUUUUUGAAAGCAGCCCUGGAUCAGAGAGGAAAACUGACCAUGAGGUCGGAAAACUUCAGAAGGCAACAAUAAAUUAUGAAAGUAAAGGCGAUGUGAGACACCAAAAAUGGCGCUUUGAGAGUCAACCACUAGAGCACAUAAGAGAGGAGAAGAAAGAGAUUACUCGCAGUGUAAAUGUUGAGAACGACCUCACACAGGAGGAUGGCACAAGCUGCAGAGCAGAUGUUCGUAAGAACUGCUUGGUAUUUGAGACCAAGCCAAUGGAUACUUUAAAUGAUGAUUCAAAUACUCAGCUAUUGACAAAAGAGGACAUUAUUGCAGGUAACGUGAGAUCAACCAGACAAUAUUUUGAAACAGUUCCAGCUGAGGAGUUGAAGGAGCUUGCAGAGGUGGGUAAAUUGAAAAGAACAGUCGCACUUAAUGAGGAGAAGGGUGAUGUCAGACAUCAGAAGUGGCGAUUUGAAAGCCAACCCCUGGAGCAGAUCAGACAGGAAAAGAAAGAAGUCACCCGAACGAUUGACCUGGAGGAAAUUGACAGAGUUGACGUGUCAAACUACAAGCACAGGUUUGAAAGCACAGAUUUAAACUGGAGGGAUGAAUCUCAAAAGAUUCUCAUAGAGGGUGUAACAUCUGGUUAUGUAAAAGCAAAUACAAACCUGUUUGAGUCUACUUCGCUGUAUGCCAUGCUAGACAGCUCAGGGCACUUCCAUGAGGUGAAAACAGUGCGGCGGGAGGAGGUUGUGAAAGGAGAUGUAACAACGUACAAGUGGAUGUUUGAAACGAGACCAAUCGACCAGUUUGAUGAAAGCAUUGAUAAAUACCAAAUUAUCAAAGGCAUAUCCAAAGAAGAAAUAGAGUCUGGGGAUGUCAAAACCGCAAAGUGGUUGUUUGAAACACAGCCUCUUGAUGCUAUUAAGUACUUCAGUAAUAUUGAAGAUGAAGAGGUUGUGGGGACAAAAACAAAUGUUGAACACAUGAAGGGUGAUGUGAAAACCUGCAAAUGGCUAUUUGAGACCAAACCAAUGGACAUCCUCUAUGAAAGAGCUGAGUUAAAGGGUGAAAAGGAAUCUGAAGAAAUGCAAAAAGGAGACGUCAAAACCUCCACAUGGCUUUUUGAGACGCAAGCGCUCGAUUCUAUCCACAACGAGACAGAGACUAUUCUGAAAACAUGCACUGUCAAUCAAGAGGACAUUAGAGGAAAGGAUGUGAGAACAGCUUGUUUUCUGUUUGAGACGGAUAAACUGGAGAACCUUUCUAGGGAGGAGUCGGGCUCUUUCAAGCGCGUCAUUGAGAUAGACAUUGCAUCUGGAGACGUGUCUGGAAUGAAGUAUAUCUUUGAAAACCAAACAUCUGAUAUCAUGACUUCUACAUCUGAGGAGGUAAUGCAAAAGCUCAAGACAGUUCAGACUGAGGACAUACAAAGAGGAAAUGUAGUGAACUGCAAAUGGCUCUUUGAAAACCAAUCGAUAGAUACAAUACACAAUAGCCAAGAGGAAUUCAUGAGCAGCCGCACCGUGAACGAUGUACAGGGAGGAGAUGUAGAUAAGGGGCGUUUCAUUUUUGAGACCUACUCUUUAGAUGAAAUUCAGGAGACGGACAAAGAGCUGAUGAAAAUGCGAACAAUUGUCCGUGAUGAAAAUGAAAGGGGCAAUGUGACAAAUUACACCACGAUUUUUGAAAAUCAGCCCCUUUACGCCAUUCAGGACAAAGAGGGACUUUAUCACAAGGUUACCACUGUCACAAGCGAAGAAGUAACACGAGGAGAUGUUGUCGGAACCCGUUGGAAGUUUGAAACCAAGCCCCUUGAUGCUAUCAAGGACACUGACGAGAUUUAUAUAAUAAAAUCUGUCACACAGCAGGAUGUGCAAAAAGGAGACGUCACCUCUGCCAAGUGGAAAUUUGAGACACAACCACUCGACAGUAUUUCUGAAGAAAAUAAGACUCUCAUAAAAACGGUGAAUGAUAUUCAGGGAGGCAAUGUUAGAAUAAACACAGAUCGUUUUGAGUCUGACCCACUAUCGCAGGAAUCUGUUAGAACGAUUCAUGUGAGUGAAAUACAAAAAGGUGAUGUCAGGUCUGCGAAAUGGAGAUUUGAAACCCAGUCCAUUGACAAAAUAAGAAGCAUGAGCUCUGAAAAUCUGAUUGAAACGGUUAAAAAAGAAGAGGUUGAAAAGGGAGAUGUUAAACAUUCAGUCUGGCUCUUUGAGAAAAACCCGCUUGAUCACAUUAAAGAGAUAGAUGAGGACGAAGGUUCAACCAUUGCAUCACUAGAGGCGAUUUCCAAAGCAGAUGUAAAGACAACAAAGUGGUUAUUUGAAACAACGCCAUUUGAUGACUUUAAUGAGACAAAAAGAGAGAAGAGUGAAAUCCUGGGCAAAAGUGUCAAAGGAACUCUCGAGGAACUUUAUAGUCAGAAAAUGGUGAAGGCGAAGGGAAUACUCAUUGAAGCUGAUGAAAUAGGUGACAUUAGGAUGGCAAAAUACCAGCUAAUGAAUAAGCAAGCUCCGGAAAUUCAAAGAGAGGAUGUCAUCAGGGGAGAUCUGCAGACUAUUAUGAUGAACCUGCUGAACAGACAGGAGAGACAGGAGCAGCAGAUAGUUAUAGAUUCAGAAGAAAAGGGUAAUAUCAGUUCUACUGUGCAUCAACUAUUCAACCAAGAGAGUGACAGCAGUAUUGAAAGAGAGGAAAUAUUACGAGGUGACAUUCAGGAAGCUAUAAACAACCUUUUUGAUGAGAGCGGUUCAGCAAAACAUGGAAUACUCAUCCAGGAGGACGAAAAAGGAGAUGUGCAGAUGACAUUAUAUUCUCUUCUCAAUAAACAAGAAAAUGUUGAUGUUGAAAAAGUGGACAUUGUAGGAGGGGAUAUAAAGAGUACUCUUCAAAGACUGUCCAUCUCAGACAAGAAAGAUCAGGUCGUGAAGAUAAGGAUAGACGAGACUGAGAAAGGAAAUGUCAAUUUUUACUCCACAUGCAUCGAAUCUGGGGCUCUUGACUAUCUUAAACAGCUCCACACAGGACCUGAUGAGACUCUGCCUGACAGAGAAGAAAAAGAGAAAAUCCUUGGAGGCGACAUCAAGGGCACUAAACUCAUCCUUGGCUGUCAUCAAAUGCACAUUGGUCGUACAGUGGAGGAUGUUAUACCUGGUGAUGUUCAAAACACGGUAAAAGUGUUCAUGUCAAAGCCAACCCUCUCACUGGAAAGACUCCAAACGGAGGAGAUAGUCAAAGGCAAUUUAAAUGCUGCUUUACAUUUAUUAUCUGAAUCAGCAAAUCAAACGAUUGUUGUAGAGAGAGAGGAGGUGGUGAAAGGCAACAUACCAAAAGCCCUACUGUGUCUGGAGAAGGCUCAACAACAAUAUAAAGAGGUGGAGAAGCCUGAUAUCAUACGGGGAAAUAUUAAAGGGGCUCUAAAAUCUCUUGAAAAAUCAUCGACAUCUCGAGUUGAAGCUGUUGUUGAGGAUUUAGUUUCUGGAGAUGUGAGGGCCACACUAAAAUCUCUGGAGCUGGCAAAGCAAGCAGUGAAGGAAAUUGAAAAGGAGGAAAUUGUGAGGGGCGAUAUUCGAACAGCAAUGCAAAGUCUGCACGAUGCCUCCAGUGAGAGGAAGACGUGUCAACAGGAAAUAGAUGUUCAGGGGAACGUCAGAGGAACAAUUCAGCUCUUAAUGGAGCCUCUGCCUUCACCAAGGAUGGAAAGGAGCCCGAGCCUCGAGCGUGAAGUAAAAGGUGAUGUGAAGAUGUCAAUUAAGUCAUUGUAUCAGACUCAGGAGCAAUCCCAGCUGGAGAAAGAAGAAGUGAUAAAGGGUAAUGUUAAAGGCACUAUUAAGUCGCUGUUGGAAACAGCACAGCGUGAAGCUCCCAAAGUCCGACUUGGAUCAUACAGAAGAGUGAGAGUCAAGCAGAACCCUGCGGAUAAAACCCUAAAUGCUGAUGCAAAGAGGAACAUACAAAAAUUCAAAACUGCCAAUUCAAAUGAGACGUCCAAAAAUACGCACUCCAUCUCUAAUGACACGGAAAUUGUUAGAACAAUGACAAGUUCCGUGGAGCAGUCUGCUCUGCAAUCAACGACUGUGGUGAAACAUAAAACGAUCGUCCAAAAUCACGGCAUCAAAACAAUAAAGACAGAGUUUCGUAAUUUAAAGGGAAAGGGAAUGAGAAAAGUAGAUAAAACCAAAGUAAAAACUGAUGAUUAUUUUCUUCGACCACAUGAGCCAGAGCCUGAUCUGCCUCUCCCACCUCCACCAGUGACUGACGCUGACCUUCCUCCUCCCCCUCCUCCCAGUGUCGAUUCUGACAUUGAUUGCCUUCCUCCUCCACCACUACCACUUACCAUUGAGCAGGACUAUCUCCCACCUCCUCCCUCUCAACAGGAACUGGAGAGAAUGCCAGUACAGGUAAUCCAUCCCUCACCAGCAAAAGCAAAGAAGAUGACGAUCAAAAAAGUGAAAGCUCCGGUUUUACAUCCGGUCCCAAAGCUGGAGCCGAAAGUGGAAUUCAGUAAAGCACAGCAAGUGAACCGUACAUCUGAGGAAGUGGUAGAAAUGUGCCAAAAUCAAUCAAAAAUAACAACGCAUACAUCAAAAACAGUUUCAUGUGGAAUCUCUCCACUGCCUGAGUCACCGAAAGCACCAAAGAAAGUUUACAUCUCACCUGUGAAAUUCACCCCUCCACCCUCUCCUCCGCCUUCCAUGAAAGGGAGAAUUACUAAAUUUAACACACCAUUAAUACAAGCAGAAGGAAAGUACCGGAAGCUGGUGGAGGAAAAUACUCCCCCAACCACUCCAACACCCACAUACAUACAUGACUCAGUAACCGCUGCUCUUGAGAUGUUGUCCACCUUCGAUACAGAGCGGUCAAAUAACAAUGCAUCGGAAAUCACACAGGAGAGGUCUGAAAAGAAGGCAUUGGUUGUUCAUUCUGACUCCUUAUCAUGUGAUGUAUCCAAGCAUGUCGUAGUCUCAAAUACCACCCACAGCAAUGUUAGCGCUAGCCAUGAGAAAAUCUGCACUGGUUCCACAGUUAUAUCUUCUUCUUCUUCUUCUUCUUCUUCUGCCAAACAGCAAAUGGUCUCUAAUGAGACAUCUACAGUUGUCUCCAUACAAAAGACCUUAUCAGUAUCUGCUGUUAAACAACAGAUGCCCACGACUAGACAAAACACUAUUUCUGUUUCCGCCAAGCAGUCUGCUCAGUCUGACAGAGCUGACAAUGUACAGACCUCAAUGACUGAUAUCUCACAAACUGAAAACAUGAUAGCUGAAAGAAAGAAGGAUUCAAAGAAUCCCAAAACAAACAGCUCCAGCAAGCCUUAUGAUAAGAACGAAGAUGAAAUGUGUUCUGAUAAAAGUCAUCCAGAGAAGAAUGAAAGCAAAUCACAAUCUGAGAUCAAAGACAACAAUGUAAAAGAGUCCAGAUCACCACAGCGUGAUAACAAGAAAAAGAAAGAUCAUUCUCCAACCGAGAGCCAAGAGAAAGUUUCGGAGCAGCCAAUGCAAACAGAAAAGGUAGCCACCAGUACAAAUGGAAAAGCAGGCAAACCAAAUCAAAAGGUGAAAAAGAUCCAGAAGCAAGUAGAGACAAAAACGUUCAGUGAGAGCGAGAAACAGAUUGUUUCACAAGAUGUCAAGGUGAAUGUGACGGAAGCAGCUGUGAUGAAAGUGAUAAAUGAAUCUAAAGAAGUAGAGACAGAGUUAAUAAAGGGGAUUAAGGAAGUUACUUCCUAUCCUGCUGCUGCCUCCAUGCCUGCUGUACCUGACAGCCAACAGGAAACUCCAACUCCCGCAAAAAAGAAAAAUAAGUCAAAAAAGUCUAAAGGGGUUGCACAGCCAGGUCCCGGUAAGGAGAUGUCCACAGAAUCCAAAAGAGAUAUCAAUGACAACAAUAUAACGGCAUUUGAAAAAUCACACCAAACACAUGAGACAAUUGCAAUUUCCCAAAUUCAAAAAAGUACAAAUGAAGAGCCGAUUCAAUUGGACGGAGAAGUCAUUACCACAGAAAGCCAAGACGACCUGAAUUUCCAGCAACAAAAAGUAGUUCAAAAGCAAGUGAAGGGAUCUCAAAAAAGGAAAAAAGUGACAGCUAUUCAACAGAGCGAAGGGGAUCCGCCAGAAGAAAAUCUGGAUGUCCCAAUUACAGUGGCAGGCAAGUUGGAGCAAAAUGAAUGGGUAAAACCCACAGCAGGGAGAACAGAAGAAUCUCAGAGGAGAGAGGUCCAAGUGUUAAUCGCUCACAUGACAGAGAUACAAAGAGUUUCAGAGAAGACUGAUUCUAAAUGUGUGAAGACACUACCUAAUACAGUUCGAGAUUGGCCAAUGAGUCUCGAAAGAAAGUGCGAAUUGGAGGAAUCUGUGGUGGAAAGUAAUGCUCAAGAAAGCGAAAAAAUAAUUUCAUGUGUGAGGAAACUAGCAGAGGCUAAAUUAAUGCAUCGAAAAGAUGAUGAAACAAUCGAGAAGCAUGAAUGGGAGCCAAUAUCUGAGAAAUCCGGUUCUGGUGGAGCCACAACAAGAAUAUCCAAGAUCAGUAUUGGUUCUGCCAAAAUUGAGAACCAAACAAAGAAGAAGACCUCCCAUGAAAGGCGGAAAGAAGAAGUGAGUCAUUGCAAGUCUGUCGACCUCCGGGCUCCCUCGCCGUUACUCAGGAUGCGUUCGCCCUCGCCAACGUUUAUCACCAUUGAAUCGACGCGAAGAACUGACUCACCCCACAGAGUUACGCCAUCACCUACCCUGCUGCAUAGGCCACACACGCCUCCCACACCCCCGCCACGCAGGUGUGACACCCCAACAUCCUGGCUCACUAGAAUCUCACCCUCUCCAACUUUUGACAGAGCAGAAAAUUUGGCUCGACUCAAAGACACAACAGCCAAGCUCUCGCGGGGCGUCACCCCUCCACCGCUACUUCCCCAACUAAUCUCGGAGAGGAAAUCUGAGAUUGUGGAAUCGCCUGCUUCUUUCCAUCGUCAAAUCAAAAUCGAGUCCCAACUUGUUGGGGUUUCAGAGACGAUUACAACAGGAGAGCCAAAAAAGAGGAUAUCUCCCUGGGCUGAGAUCAAUUCUGCACAUGUCGAAGGAGAUCAAGCUUAUAUUUCAGAUGGUUUAAAUGCAAGUGGAAUACAAAGUAAGACCCACAUGCCAUUUUGUCAGAAUGACCCAGAUCUUAUUGACGCUUCAGAUAUUUCAGAGACAUCAUGUGUAUCUGUCAAGGAAAAGAGAUUUUUUUUUGAAAAAGCUCAAAAGGCUGACAUUCAUAAGACCUAUGUGCGAAAAGAGCCCAUUGCUAUCCCUGAACGAUUGGGCCCAGACAUGGAGGACUUAGAGGCAGAAAGUAAGAACAAAGAAGAUGAUGAGCUUCCUAGGGCCGACCUGUAUGGUCUUGUGAACAAAUUUGAAUCACCAGAAGAGAAAUUAUUUAUCAAAAAAGAGCUUACCUCUCUCACAGAGUGGCUUCACGAUGACACUAAAAGCCCAGAUUUUGAUAAAGAGAAAGCAAACAUCCUGGAACAGGAAAUGCCAGCUUUUGACAUUCAGGCUAUUAAAAAUGUUUUUGAACUCGGUGAGCAAAGUUCCUCAUUCAGCGAGGAGAAAACGGAUCAGGAGGAGACUGUGUCAAGCCUGAGUGAAACAAUAGCAGACACAUCAAAGCGGGAAAGUCCUCCAGAGACAGAGAAAGGCUCACAGCAGAGCACCCCCCUCCCUCCUCAGAGAACGGAGGUAGAAGUUGGGCCAGCAGAACCAUCAGCCUUUUCUGAAACCAAAUCAAUCACAGAACAUUUCUCAGAUGUUGAUGAGUUUGGUCACAAGGUCACCGGGAUAAGGACAUCUGUCUCUGAGCACUCUGAGAGUACGUCCACCCAACGGGCUCCUUUUUCCUACGCUGAUGCCGUGAGAAAAAAAGCUGCAUCAGCAAAGCAAAUGGAAACCUACGAUGACGAUGCUACUGAUAGGUUGCUGAGUAAUUUCCAGAAAACAUGGACAGAGAGUGAAUCAGUUUUCAAGAGUCUUGGCUACACUAUUUCUGAGGAGACGACGUCACAAGUUAUGUCACAUCAGACGAAGAUUGUCUCAUCUGGUUCGAGUUCCAAAGUCGGAGCUCUGCACAGUAUGUCGGAGAAGAGCUUAUCCGAUGGAUGUUCUGAUAGUGGACAAAAAAAAGUACCAUAAAUCCUGUUUCUGCUGCAAGCACUGUGGAAAUAAAUUAAGCUUAGGAAAUUACGUCCCUCUCCAUGGACACUUCUACUGUCUACAUCAUUACAAACAACUCCUCAAAUCCAAAGGGAACUAUGAUAAUGGUCCUGGAAAGAAUCCUCCCGCAGGAAGUGGUGGACCUUUCCCCUCAGAUGAGAAACUGGACUGGAGAUAUCAAAUGAGCAUCCUCAAUUCAGUUGACAAAACUCACAGUGGUGAAAACAACCUGACAAAAAUGUACAAUGAAAGCAAACCACACUGCAACAAAAUAUCUGUAGUUUGGCCCCCUCGUGGCGAUCCCCCGAAGAAAGCCUUUCAAAUAGAAGAUGACAUUCAGCUAACUAAACCACAGUGGCCCCCUUCUGACAUCACUCCUAAGUCACCACAACAACAACACAGAAAGGCUGUUCCUAAAAGUGUGCUUUGAAAUAUCAUCAUCCCCCAUCAACUUGACAGGACAGUUAAAUAAACCCAAAGAAGAUGCACAAAAGAAUUGUUCAAUAAGAUGCAAGGAGAGAACUGCCCUGGUGGUUUAAUCAAGGAUGUGUUUAGUUGAAGGUCAUGCAGUCAUGGUAUUUAAAAAGGAACAUGAAAAGUGAGGAUAUGAAAGGAAACCGUAGGUACUUGUCAAUGGAGCGUAGAUGGAAGGAUAGAUUGUCACUGGUAUAGUAAGUCCGAUAAGAGAUAGAGAUGAAGAAAGUGUGGAAGGUAAGACAUGGAGCAGUGUGCCUUGAGAAGACAGGUGUAUCUUGCAUCAUCAUUUUUUAUUUAUUUGUUCUGACUUUCAGCAUUCAGACAUAACUUAGUAUUUGACACAACAAGAUCUAAUUUAACUGCUGUCACAAUUUAAUUUGCCUUGUAAUUCUACAGGUUAAACACAAUAUGGAUAAGAACGGUAUCACGACAAAUUUAAGAUCUGAAUCGAAUAAAAUUAAUGUUGAUGUUGGUUUAAAUCUUCAUUUCUUGGUGAAAUUUAGUCAGAGGUUUAGUUUUGAAUCAACUGAAUGUCUAAAAUGUAUUUCCACUGCGCUUGAGAGGAGCAGAGUAAAGAAAUGAGUGACAUUUUCCAAUAUAUUUCGUCCCCGUUUCUUUCUCAUCCCCUUUGUCUUAUUCUAAAAUGAAUUGGUUUCUUGUCAAAUUCACUCCAUUCUUUUGCUAUCCUGUAUGCCGUUUAAUGGAAAUAGUUUCAAUUGGUGGACUCUGUGUAUUAUUCUGUCAACAUGUUUGCAGUUGCCUCUUUUUUUAGCACCUGGUGUGCAGACGAAAAGCAUUUUGGAAUUAUUUUAUUUAUAAUAUUGAAAGUAUAUAAUGUAAACAAGUGAAUUGCUGAUAAUCAUGUUUGUUUUGGACAUUUGUAUCCUAUUUUGAACAACAAAUAUUUUGCAAUGAAUUUAAUUUUUUAGAUUAGUUCAAUCUUGCUUUGUACAAGAAAAUUCCUGAUUCUGUUGUGAUGUCAGGCUGGUUCACUUACUUAAUUGCUGAUCUAAGCGCAAUAAAAUAUUGAAUAAAAUUG